GGCGAUUAGGGCACUUUUAUACACCUAUUUCAAUAAAGGUUGUCAGUGCGAUUGCCAAAUGGGGGUUUUACGACCGAAAGUAACCAUGAGUCUCGAAGAAUAUGGAUAAAUCAAAACAGUUAUCUAUUAAAGGUUACUAAUGCUUGGCUCUGACGCUGGACUGUAUUUAACACCUAAAAUUUUACGAAUAAUUAGUACCCAUAAGCAAUGGCAUUUGCCAUUCGCCAUUUGCACUGACAACCUUUUGUGUAAUAGGAGUAUAUAAGUAGUGUCGAAACUAGGCUUGGCGAAAGAAUGGAAGGGAAUACCAUCAAGUAUUUGCAGGUGAACACCCUUUUAUGAGGCGUUGGCUGGAGUGAGAUAUCGGAAACUCUUCCUAUCCUUUGUGCAGUCGCUUAGAUACCUACUGCAAUCACGUUUCAGUUCUCCGUCUACUUCUUGUGAAUGAAGUAUCAUUUCAAGGGCCCUGGAAACUGCCAUAGAGUUUAUCCUCUCGCUGGUCCGAAUGGAGUGAAGUAUCAGCCGCACUUCGGUUUUCGUGUGCGCUGUUAAGAUACGUUUUAUCAACUGAAGUCUUGCCAAGUUUAGUGGUUUACUUUUCUUACUGUUUACUGUUCUUACUUACAGCCUACUAGCUGCUAAGUAGUCUCAAGGGUUUUCCACUAUUUGAAUAUCGAGAUCAUUUAUCCUGUUGUUUUUCCGAACAGACAUAAGGCUCUUACCCAAAUUGCCUCGUCAGUGUGUACUCAGCCUCAGCUCCUUCUACGGUAAGUUGGUUCAGCUGUUGAACAACUUGAUUCGUUGCAAGAAUUGUGAAAUCAGAGACAUCACAGAAGAGUGAGUUAUUGCGACAAGGUCGCCCUGGGAAGAAGAACAAAGGCUGAGUGAGAGUACUCUUUGUUCUUGGCACGCCGUGCGCAGAGCUAUUCAUCUGCUGUAGAAUCAACAUAACAAUCAACUACCAAAAUCAUUAAAUGCCAACGUCUGAAGAAUGUCAAUGAAAUCCAACAAUUCCAGCAGUCCCCCUCUGUUCCAGUACAGUGAUUUAGAGCUGGUUGGAUGGUGUUCAGCAUACGGGAUACUCGCAGCGCUCAUUAUAUCCGGCAACCUUAUCGCCAUCGCCGUGCUCACACGUAAGCGGAUGUUGAGCAAGCGCACUAGCUACUUCUUGCUGUCCCUCGCCGUCGCUGACAUGCUAGUUGGGUGUGUGUCUGUUCCCAUGCACAUCUACCAGAUAUCCUACUCACUAAGAGGAAUCUUUCUGAAGCCCAGUACCCUGACAAGUAUUCUUCGAUCCUCGGACGUAUUCUGUAGUCUGGCGUCUACCUUUACGCUUACCAUCAUCGCGCUGGAACGCGUGUUCGCCAUAACAUUCCCCCUCCAACACAGGGUGACCACCAAGCGUGUGUACCACGUACUGGUGUUCUCCGUUUGGGUUCUCUCCGCGGUACUCUCGAGCUUUUACUUCCUGUACACGUACAAGAUCCUUGCGCAUCAAGUUUUCUUCUACUUUAUGAUGGUGACUUUCUUUCUCUCGAUGAUCGUCAUGCUGCUUGCCUAUACUGCCAUCUGGGUUAAAGUCAGGGCGACACUCACGUGGAAGGGGGAGAAGACGACACAGACCUGCAUGUUAACUUCCGACAGCUUCACCGACUCCAAAACCGCGCAGGAAAAAACUAUGAUGAUGCAACCAAAGAAAAGCAAAGAGGUCGCACUACCAAGAGUGGAGUGUGAGAAAAAGAAACACCAACCAGAGAACAAAGAAAACAGAACUAUGAUCAAGGCUUCCGGUAGCGAGAGGUCACGCAAAGGGGGAGCUGAUAACGACCGGAAGUUGGCCGUCACGCUAUUUAUAGUAACAGCAGUGUAUAUAAUCACUUGGUUGCCCUUCCAAAUCGUGAAUAUGGUGGUGUUUUUCGCGUGCAGCCGAGUAUUUCCCUGCUCUAUUAUGCCUGCCGCAAAUGUCGUCUAUUUCUGUAAACUCCUUAACUUUAGUAAUUCCUUUAUUAACCCCGUGGUAUAUUCUCUACGACUGCCUGACUUUCGGGUGGCCUUGCGCAAAAACAUACUCAGAAGAUGUAUAAAAUGAGGCGAAAACAUACUCAGAAGAUGUAUUAGAAUGAGGCAAAAAAAUCAUACUGCAGUGAUGGCAGUGAUAGUGAUCGCCGUGACGUUGUUUGCGCUACCUUAAAUGCGCAUGUCACAUGCAAGUCAAACACUUUUCUGUGAAAUUCUUGUUUUUUUACCCUAUGUGACAGCACACGGCGAAACCCGAGAGCGCCUCGAACGUAUGCCGACGAGUGGGCGAGAAGCUUCGUGUGCGACGUAAUGCUUGGUCUAUUAUUUGAAGCCUGGGAGCGAAAAAACCUCUGUCACCCAAGUAAUCGUUUUUCCAAGCACUCAGGACCCUUUCCUUAUACGGACAUUACAUACCAUAUUUGGGAGUAGGCUUCAACCUGGAAGAGAGCCAUUUAAUGCACAUGUUUGAAUUUUGAACGCAGGCUUUGUUUUGUUAAACCAUGCUAAGAAAGCUAAAUUAGAAUCUUGUGUUUAACAAGUAUAGCUGUGAAAAUAAUGUUACCGAUUUGGGUUAAAGAUUAUGACGUCAUGUGGUUUUUACAUGCACAGUGUGGCUAUGACGUCAUAGUCGAGGUGGCUUGUCAAUUUUAAAAGCUUAUGGGUUUGUGUAAAGGCGAAUAUAUUCUUGUAUAACCGUAAACAUGUCCAUUCGGUAACUAACGCUUUAGACAUACUUGCAUAUUUUUGUAGCUUGCUGUCAUUUAAGAAAUGAACUGUAUGCCAAAAUAAAAAAAAAUGUUUAAA